CACACAUCCAACUCUGGAAGUGUGCCAGAAUCAGGUUUGCGCGCCUAUCUAUUACGUUUCCAUGCAUUGACCCUGUCCUCGCUCUCUUCCCCUUUCAGCAAGUUCAGCGCAGUUUCAUCUCUGGCAUCCGCUUCCACAUUGCUUGAGAGCAUCUUGUCAUGUCCGCGCAGCAAGAAGAGACUGAACAGCAAGCCUCCGCCGGUGCCGAAGGCAACGUCGGACUGAACGCCAACGCUAGCGCAAAGGGCGAGGCUCAAAGCAAGCAGUCCGCAAAGCGCACACCAAAGAAGCUUGGUGGCAAGAAGCCGCAGCAGCAACCGACGCCCGACAAUACCCAAGACGAGGCCGAAGAGAAGCAGGACGGUGAAGGGGAGCACGAACGGGCCCAAACCGACGUCCAAGCAAACGGAGACGCUGACGCCGACGGCGAAGAAGAAGCUCAACCCCAAAUGGAAGAGGAACAGCAGUCGCGCCAGCCAUCCCGCCGGCGCCAAAGCCGUGGCCGUGGACGCAAGGGCGGAGUGCAAGAGAGCGACUCCGAAUCAGUUGCUCGCAGCGAUGUGAGCGCUUCGGGUGGUCGCCGUCAGAGGCAACGCCAGAAGAAGCAACAAGCCAAGGGUUCACAGGGCGGGCCACUCGACGAUAUCACCGAGCAGCUACCAGGAGGCGAGCUUGUCAAUGGUGCCGGCGACAUGGUACAGAACACUGCCGGUCAAGCCGUGAAUCAAGUCGGCGACACUGCGGGCAAGGCCCUUGGUGGACUGACUGGUGGGGGACAGCAGCAGCAGCAGGGUGGGGGUGAGGAGGACAAGGGCGAGCAGCUGAGACUGAGGCUUGAGCUGAACCUGGACAUUGAGAUCCAGCUCAAGGCGAAGAUUCACGGUGAUCUCACGUUAGGUCUGCUGAACUAGGAUGAUCGCAGUACGCUGUGCUUGGACGGAAAUUGGGCGUACGGUGUAAUCUUGAUUAACAUACUCUAUGGCCAUGCAUGCAUUUAGUGUAGCACCAUACAUUUCAUCCAAGCCAUCUUCGUGCCCUACCGCCUCCAAUGGAGGUGUCGCAAGUUUU